CCGGACGUGACGCCGCCGCCGCCAUCCCAGGAGCCGGAAGCGCUGUGCGAGCCGUAAACAGCCCCCACCGGAGCCCGCGGCGGCGCCGCGUCCAUCUUGUGCAGCCCCGCCCGGCGCGGACCAUGGGCAGCGUGCUGGGGCUCUGCUCCGUCGCCAGCUGGAUACCAUGUUUGUGUGGAAGUGCCCCGUGUCUGCUGUGCCGAUGCUGCCCCAGUGGAAACAACUCCACCAUCACAAGGCUGAUUUAUGCGUUCUUCUUACUGCUCGGUGUGAGCGUUGCCUGUGUGAUGUUAAUACCAGGAAUGGAAGAGCAGCUGAAGAAGAUUCCUGGAUUUUGUGACGGAGGGAUUGGAACAGCCAUUCCUGGUGUGCACGGCCAUGUGAAUUGCGAUGUAUUAGUUGGUUACAAAGCAGUGUACCGUGUGUGCUUUGGUAUGGCCAUGUUCUUUCUUCUCUUCUCCUUACUGAUGAUCAAAGUGAAGAGCAGCAAUGACCCAAGAGCAGCUGUGCACAAUGGGUUCUGGUUCUUUAAAUUCGCAACAGCACUUGCAAUUAGUGUUGGAGCCUUCUUCAUCCCAGAGGGACCUUUUACUACUGUGUGGUUUUACGUAGGUAUGGCUGGAGCAUUCUGCUUUAUUCUUAUUCAGCUGGUCUUGCUUAUUGACUUUGCCCACUCCUGGAAUGAAUCUUGGGUUGAAAAAAUGGAGGAAGGAAACUCAAGAUGCUGGUAUGCAGCUCUGCUGUCAGCCACAGCUGUCAAUUAUCUGCUGUCUCUAGUAGCUAUUGUCUUGUUUUAUGUUUAUUACACUCAUCCAGAAGGUUGUUCUGAAAACAAGACAUUCAUCAGUGUUAACAUGUUGCUGUGCAUCGGUGCUUCUGUAAUGUCAAUUCUGCCGAAGAUUCAGGAAUCUCAGCCAAGGUCUGGUUUGCUGCAGUCUUCUGUGAUCACAAUUUAUACCAUGUAUUUGACUUGGUCAGCCAUGACCAAUGAACCAGAUAGGCGCUGUAAUCCAAGUUUGCUGAGCAUCAUUGGUUACAAUACCACCACCAUUCCAACCCAAGGUCAAGUAGUGCAGUGGUGGGAUGCACAAGGAAUUGUAGGACUGAUUUUGUUUUUGCUGUGUGUCCUCUAUUCAAGCAUCCGAACAUCCAAUAACAGCCAAGUUAACAAGCUCAUGCUGACCAGCGAUGAAUCAACACUGAUCGAGGAUGGAAUGCCCAGGAAUGAUGGCUCUCUUGAUGAUGGAGAUGAUGUUCACCGAGCCAUAGAUAAUGAAAGGGAUGGAGUUACUUACAGUUACUCCUUCUUUCAUUUCAUGCUUUUCCUGGCAUCACUGUAUAUCAUGAUGACACUUACCAACUGGUACAGUCCUGAUUCUUCUUAUGAGACAAUGACCAGCAAAUGGCCGUCUGUCUGGGUGAAGAUAUCUUCCAGCUGGAUCGGCAUCGUGUUGUAUGUGUGGACUCUGGUUGCUCCUCUGGUUCUCACAAACCGUGACUUUGACUAAGCAAGCAUUGCAUUAGCUUCAUCGUGUCUUUGAAACAAACAGUAUUCCAGGUUAAAAUGUAGCUGUAAAUAUGUGUGCACAUGUGCUAUCCAUGUAGUAUACCCUGCUUUAUUCUGCAUGAUCACCUUCAAUCGUGUAUUUUUGUCAUUUCACCAAAUGACUUUUUCCGACUGAGCUCAGUGACAAUUGCUACAAUGAUGGUUUUCUUAGGAUUACUCUAGAUCUAGUGCGUUGGAAGCAUUAGAUAGAUCAAAGCCUUGGGGAAGGAGGUCUUUCUCCCCACUCCUCAAUUACAUUAAACAAUUUUAGGGAAAAGAUGUGCAAGUGUUAGAGUAACAAAACUGUAUUAGAUCAGGCUUUGCAAGAAAAGGGGGGGCUGCCUUUGAUAAUCCAUGUUGCCUUGAAUCCAAAAUAAGUCUUGAGUAAGUAUUGUUAGACUCAAAACUGCACGUUAGAGCUUAUGGGACACGUUGCAUCAUGUUGGCAAUAAAAGCCUGACCUUUUCUUGUAAAAGCAGCAAUACCUUUAGCACAAAUAUUAAUUGGGGGAACUUGCACCUGAGGUUGUGGAGAGGCUAACAUCUUCCUGGGAAUGAUUGGAUCCAUUGCAGACAGGAGAACGGACAGACUGGGGGGAAAAAACAUCUUGGUAGCAGAUGCUCAGAUGCAUGUUUUUGAGGCACCUGUUUACAAUAUGCAUCUACAUAUUUUUAAAAAGUAGUUUAAACUGAAUAGCUGUGCUGUAAUUUAUUGCUGUUGUGUGUGCCAUCUUUCUUGGCUAAGUUACAAUCAGAGGGUUUGCAGGGAGUCAAGUGAUGAAAACCGUAGGCCCUUCAGAGGAAUUUCUGUGGCAUGGUGAUUAAAAUAGAAGCAGAGGAAAAGGAGCACUGAGAUUUCAGUAACUAGUGGAGGCUUGCAUUAAAUGAGACUUCAACAGAUGUUUCUUAAUACAUUUGGGGCUCUAAAUUUUGAUCUCUUCUAAUGUUUUUUUUUUGCUGUCCAUUGCUGGAGAUGGACUUGAGCCUACCAAGUAGUUCUAAACAAAAGGUAAAACAUUAGAUGUUUGGUUAAAAUACUGUAUAGUAUUGUGCAGUUAUGAAACCUUAAAUGCUUUUGUGCUUGCUGCUUUAUAAUUGGAGUACAUAAGCUGCAUUAUUUAUAUAUUUCUGUUACUUGCUACAAGCUGAGAUUUGAGCAGUCUGAUUGGGGAUUACCCUAAAGCCUUUAGCAGAUGUCACAAUUAUGUGUUACUGUGGUGAUUAUAGUUACUGCCUGUUGCUAAUUCUUCUCUAAGCUUUUAUUUUAAAUUUAUUCCCAGACACUGACACUUUUAUUGCAGAAAUGACAUGUCAGUCAAGCUUGAGAUGGUAAUGAAAGGAUUAGUAAGGCUUGUAGUAAUUUGGAAUAUGUGGUUACAUUAUUAAUAAAUAAAUUUGGAUGAAACUGUGUA